CACGAUCAGAAGUCCUUUCAUGGGAACAAAUCACACGCAAGUGCUCCAGAAUUCCACGACGAAUUUGCGAAGCCACAAACGACGGCAUUGGUUUUUACUUCACCAUGACGCUCUCCCUCACUCACUCGACCCCAUAUUUUAGCGACGCCACUCUCGUCAUUCAAUCAGAGCAAACACUGUUUCGGGUCUACCCAGCCAUUCUCGCAGCCCAGUCUUCUGUGUUUCGUGACAUGCUAACGUUCCCGCAUCCUGGUCACCAGGACGGUUCCGCACGGGCAUUGGGCGAAUACUACGAGCCUGGAUGUCCACUGGUGGUUGUACACGACAAGAAGGAGGAUAUGGAGGUCUUCCUAGAUGCGAUAUAUGACUCCAGCUUUCUCGCACACCCGGAAGCACUGCCCUCGGCAACAAUUACCGCGCUUCUUCGUCUAGGACGGAAAUACGAUGUCCCGCAUCUCGAGCGAAGAGGCAUCUGCGAGCUCUCAAAGAUUUACCCGACCACGUUGGACGCAUGGGAUGGCACCCUCGCUAGAUCGCCCCGGAUUGACUCGACCAAAAUUAGACGCAGCAGGGCAAGACAAAACCUCCCCAUUCCAGAUGUCCUUGCGUUGAUCCGCGAAUUCGACCUAGUUUGGAUGCUGCCUGCCUUGCUGUACCAGCUCUGCUCCCAGAGUAAGACAGACUACACGAUCUCCGCGGAGAAGAUCGCCGAAUGGGAUCCGGACAUCGCCACCACAGCCGAUCUGCUACGGGCUCGGCAGAUCGCUUUCAGUCAAACAAGUCUUCUCGAGUUCCUCAUCUGCCCGUUUGGUGCAAGGAAACAUCACUGUUUAUCACCCAAGUCGUGCCUAUCAGAGAGGCGAUCUCUUUUGGAUUUCGUGCUGAAUUGUUGGACGGACUGCCACAUGUGCCCGCUGGAGAUGUGGACCGAAGAAGAUUGGGCGGUGGUCGAGGAAGAUACAUUUUCGGAUGAUGAUUCAGACUCCGAGUCUUCCAGUCGGUCGUUGUGCCCGAUGUGUCUAAGAGAGAUGCGACGUGUUCAUGGACAGGCAGGCACGUCGCACUUCAUGGGAAAAGCUUCGGAGACUGGAAGCGACGAGGGUGAGCACGAAAAGGAACGAACGAGCAGCCUUUACGUUACGUACGCGAUGUCGUCGUGCGACUGGGCACUUUGUCUAUGGGGAUGGUGCUGGGACGACUGGGACGAAGCCGAGCCAGAAACCGCUUCGUCGCCUCCCCCGUCCGCCCCUACCCCACGUUCUCCGCGAUCUCCAUCCUCCGCCUCAUUCCCACCUGUUUCGCCUUCGUACACUAGCACGACAAAGGACAAGAUGAAUGCUGACGCCAGUUCUCAGAUGGCCCGCGAUCUUGACGCCAGCACAUACGUCGCGACAGCUUCGUCUUCCUACAAUGCGCCCACGCUCACGCCAGGCUCAGGGAGGACGCCAUCACCAUUGCCACCACCACAGGGCUCGGACUGGUCCCCGUGGGCCGGUGCCACGGGGAUGGGCUUGCAGCAGAGGCCAUCGACAGCAGCUUCGAUGUCAGGGCCGGGAAUGGACUUCAGGUUGCCUACACCACCCAGAGACGGUACUCUCACCGUGGCGCUUCCCUCGUUAUCUGCGCUUAAUGCCGCGCUCACGACCGUCACCCAGCCAUCCCAUGACCCGCAGCUGCAACUCGCCUGGGCGCGGGACGUCAUGUUCCUCGUCGAUCGCACACCGACACUCGCCUCAUCCCCACUAGCCCUCGCCGCGGUCCCGCUCAUCCUCUCUCUCGCCCAACCACCCAGCAGCAUCCCUGAAGCAGUCUAUUUGCGCGCUACGUUUGCUGCGUCUGGCGCUUACCCCAAUCAUGUCCCAGCCAGUCCCCGUGCCGCAUUUCGAGAUUUUGAAGCCGCCGCUCGCGCCGGGUAUGCCGCGGCGUGGUUCCGUCUCGCGCGGGACUACGAGGCGUUUUCGGACAAUGCGCAUGCCAUCGAUUGUCUGAAUCGGGGGGCGAAGGCGCGUGAUCCGGCAUCCCUGCACCGACUGGGCACCGCGCAUCUCCUCGCGCAACUGGGACUGCCAGCGGAUCUCGGCGCGGCUUUGCCGAAUCUUCACCAAGCAGCGUGUCGCGCAACGCUGCAGUGCCCCCAGCCGGCUUAUGUGUUUGCGCUUAUUUUGCUCAGCGAGUUUAACGGCGGUGGAAAUGUGCCGACGGGUGCGGUGCAGCCGUUCCUGCCACCAGGAGAGUCCCGAGAGGGUUACGCGCGGAAGAUGCUUGAACGGGCGGCGGCCCUCCAUUUCGCCCCCGCCCAGUACAAGUUAGGGCACGCCUUCGAGUUUGCAGUCCCCGCGAGCGCAUUUCCAUUUGAUCCGUUACUGAGUGUGCAGUGGUACAGUCUAGCGAGUCAGGCAGGCGAGGCUGAAGCUGAUAUGGCGCUGAGCAAAUGGUUCUUGUGUGGUGCAGAGGGUGCAUUCGACAAGGACGAAUCGCUGGCCCGUACGUUUGCCGAAAAAGCCGCUUCGAAAGGACUAGCGUCGGCUGAAUUUGCAAUGGGGUACUAUGCCGAAGUCGGGAUUGGCGGACCGAAGGAUGUGCCAUCCGCUAGGUCUUGGUACACCAAAGCGGCGGGUCACGGGAAUGCGGAUGCGCGAGAACGGUUGACGGCAUUGCAGCAACCGGCGCCCCAAACGCUCGGGCGACAGGAACACGACACUUUGACGGAGAACAAGCUCAUGAGGAAGAGGACGCAGGCGAGGAUACGCAGUGACGAGCAGAGUCAGCAGACUGGCCUAGUAAACCCUCAUCCUGACCCGUAUGAAGCACGUGGUCCACAGCAACAGGCUCAGCAACAGCAGCAACAGCAGCAACGACCGCCUCCAGGCGCAUACAACAACCCGAAUCAGCGCCGCACCCAGGUGAUGGAACUCGCGCGGAAAAGCUCGAUCGCAGAAUCAUCGCAUUACCGGGGUGCCAGCACAAGUUUGGACUACCGAGCACCCAGCCAGCCGCAACAACAGCCUCAAAGGCAACGGAUGGGUUCCAACUCAAAUCCACCGCGAGAAGGAUCAGUUCCCCCGAACCGCAUGCCGCCGAGGGAACCGAGCGUCCCGCCCGGCGCAACGCGGUACUCGUUGGCUGAUCCCGGCGCUGGCCGGCCGGGGAGCGGGCAGAGCAGUCGACCGGGGAGUGCGGCGGGUGCGUCGGUGCGGCCGAUGGGCACACCUCCGAUGAGGCGGCCAGGAGCGAAUGCUACCACGGGAACGCCCGGGCCGAAACCCUCCACGAGCGACGACGAGGGGAUUGUGACCAAGACGGGUGGAGGAGGACCUGCGACGUUUGCGGAGAUGGGAUUCACGGGUGCGAAGGCUGAGGACAAGGAGUGCGUCGUUAUGUAA